CCUUAUCCACCCAAAAAAAUUGUUCCACCCUACAAGCGGCUCCCCUCAGCUCGCCCCAGCGACAAACUCACUGGCUACCUAGCAACCUAGCAGCAAUGGCGUCGUCGUUGCUGAAGCCACACUCCCACUGCUCCGCUCUGCCGUCCGGGAGAAGCAGCGGCCUAAAUGGCGGCAGCUGCCCCGCGACGGUGCACCUAGUGCAGAGGCCAGCCGGGAGGAGGGGCGACGCGCUGAAGGCGAGGGCGUUCCCGCUGGACGUGGUGCCGCUGAUGGUGACGAUGGUGGAGCACGUCGACAACCAGAGGGACUGGGUGGUCACCAAGUCCAUAUGGCAUCUCAGCGACACGGCCAUCAAGAGCUUCUACACGUUCUACGCCAUGUUCACGGUCUGGGGCGUCUGCUUCUUCGCGUCCAUGAAGGAUCCAUUCUACGACAGCGAGUAUUACAGGGGGCAAGGGGGUGAUGGCACCGUGCACUGGUACUACGACCGGCAAGAGGACAUCGAGGCGACGGCGAGGGGGGAUCUGCUGAGGGAGGAGCUGCUUGAGGAGAUCGAGCAGAGGGUCGGAGGGCUGAGGGAGCUCGAGGACGCGGGAAUGGAGGGGGAGCUUGAGGAAGCCAAGUAACCGUGAGACCCAAGCGUAUAUAUGCAUGGAUUGGCAAAACAGCUUGCCUUCCUCCGCUGAAGUUGAGUGAAAAGCUUGGACUCUUCAGUCUUCAGUGUAGUACCGUAGAAACUACACAAGUACACAUAGCAAGAUCUUGUGGCAAAUUGUGCAAUAUACAUUUGUAGUACAAAGCAAGAUAUACAUUCUCCAUUAGAAUUGGAGGCACGCCAUUCCUUGCUAUGCCAAUCGAAAUCACAGAUUGAUCAACACCAAUAUUCGUGCAACACGCGGUCAGACUUAUUUA